AUGUUCCUCCGACGCGCUGCUCCCGCGCUCGCCAAGCGCGCUGUGCUGCGUCCAGCCACGACCGUCACCCGCUCCUUCGCGAUCUCCGCUAGAAAAUGUACGAUGUCCCGAAUGCCGCCGAAAUGGAAAAGAGAGGAAGAGAGGAGAUACUAACCGAGAGCAUGCAGGCUCAGAGCGUGAUCCAAGCAUCGGCGAGCCCACGGGUCAGCUUAAGAAGUUUGAGGGUGAGGAUAUGUUCACGAAGAGAGAGGGAAGCAUUGGCUGAUAAGAAACGCGCAGAAAUCCGGAGCGAAAAGGACCUCCUGCCUCCAGGUGGUAAGCCUGGUACCAUUCCCACCGAUCUCGAACAGGCCACCGGUCUGGAGCGUCUCGAAAUUCUCGGAAAGAUGCAGGGUGUGGACAUCUUCGAUAUGAGGCCUCUGGAUGCUAGCCGUAAAGGUAACUCAUACACCCACUUCUAAAGGCCACGCAGCUCUCGCUUACCCUCGCAUGUUAAAGGCACGCUCGACGACCCGAUCGUCGUCAAGUCCUUCGGCGACGAGCAGUACCUCGGCUGCACCGGUUACCCUGUGGACUCCCAUGUGGUCAUCUGGCUGACGACUUCCCGCGACCGCCCGAUCGAGCGCUGCCCCGAGUGCGGAAGCGUCUACAAGAUGGAAUACAUCGGUCCUCAGGAUGAUGGACACGGACAUGGCCACGACCACGACCAUGGACAUGCGGACACCGAUGGCUCGCAUAACUUUGAGGGAGAGCCGAAGACGAUGGCAGACUUCGUGAGACCGGAGUACCGAUAG